UUGAUUGGCUAAGGUGUACAAGGCAUAGCUGGAGCUCCUGUCCAUGACAGUGGCACUGUACGGUUCAUUUGCAUGCAGACAUAUGGACUGUGGGACUGGAUAUAGAAGCAUGAUGUUUCAUAAACUUCUGCUUUGUGGCUCUAUAGAAAGCCCUCUGGAGAUGAACUGUGUGAAGUGACAGAUGAGCACAGUAUCGCCCAGCCAGGCUUGGUGGCUGAGCAGGAAGCUAAAAGGAGCGGUGGGCCAGCCGGGGUUGAUAGUGAAGGAACCAAAUCUUCAGCAAAUCCUCAUUUCCUCGCCACACACACUCUGACACACUCACACGUGCCAUGUGUGAACACAAAACCUGGCCUACAUGUUAAUGUUCACACACACGUGUCGCCUGACACUUUACCAGAACUUGACGGAGCACGUCAGGUGGAGCCACAGUGGGGGAGUCCUAAGUUUAUUAUGCCCUUAGCUCCCCUCAGUCCCCUCGUCUGUUGGACAAGCAGCAGUUUGGAAGGAGAUCAAAUUUGUGCCAAAAGGUCUCUCAAUGACAACAGAGACCUAAGUUGUGAUCACGUACAACCCUGCGUUCUGCAGCCGACCUCAGAUAGGAUUACUGACAAACCAUCCCUGAAAGGUGAUGAGGAGGCGAUUCAUAAAAAAGAAAAUGCAAUAGACUGUGCUGAGAAAUCUUCACCAGAGGGACAACUGGACUUGCUCACUGGCAAAACUUCUGAGUGUUUCCUGACAGAGAGAAAAACAGUAAUCGAGGAUAUUCAUGAACUCAGCAGAGAACUAUCAAACUUGGCUGUUAUACCUGCAGAUCAUUUCAUCAUCUCUGAGACGAACCGUGUCGCAUUCAUCACUUUGGACUUAAAUGACCCAUUUGUCUCCAGGGCUGCAAAACCUAUCACCACACCUGUACCAUCUGAGAGGGCUGAGCUGACUCAGAAAACAGCCGAAAAGAUGCCUCACAAAACUCACAAGAGCACCUCAGAGGGCAAAACACGCUCUAAAAAGGACAAAUCAGCUGCUUAUCAUCAUGGUGCACAGGCUUCUAAGAAGCAGGAGAAUUUAUCUCAUCAUGUUUCAAGCCAUCAGAUAUGCAAACAGCAAGAAAUCCAUCCUCUUACUGGAGAAAAUCAUACCAGUGAGAACACUCCAGUUGGACUUGAGGACAAUCAGGCUAAAUUGGGGAUUGAGACCGGUGUGGCACCCGAGAAGGCUCCAAGCAAACCACAUGGCAAAAAGAAAAAGAAACACAGUCAGAGUGCAACAGCAUCGAAGAGCGUAGUGGAGCCACUGGCUGAAGUAGAGAAUGGAGCAAAACCAAAGACUGCAAGAGGAAGGAUUGAUAUGUUCGAGGCCAAGCUGGGUGCCAAAGCUGAGAAAGCUCAAAAAGACAGUGAUCAGUCAGGAGGAUGUGAGAAAAAGUCCCAGCAACUGGAAGCUAAAGCUUCCCGGGGAGAACGAUCUGUGCAUCAUGCAGAGCAUAAAGACCACCAGCCAAAAAAACUGACCAGUCCUCUGAAAGAUGAUGUUAUUAAAAGACGACGCCUGUCAGAGGAUAAGUUUGGGAAGAUUGUUAGUGUUUUGGAGUCUAAACUACCAAAGCCAGAUGUUUCUAUAAAGGCAAAGGCAGAGGAGCCCAAGGCUGAUGCUGAAGCAACUCGUAAAAAGGCGUACAGUGAAGUGGUCAAACAGACAAUCCCACCUAAGGGAGACCCCAAGGUGGUGCAGCCCAUCCAGGCAGUGUCAGUGAGCGGGGACCCCCAGAGUCUGUGCCUGUGGUGUCAGUUUGCGGCUGUCUUCUCCAACUACACUGUCACCUGGAGCAGAGAGGGUGCUGUCCUCGCUGAGAUCAAGAGAAGUGCAGGGGAUGAAAGCAGAGUUUCUGUCAACAUUUCCAACGCUUCUCACAAAGACUUGGGCAAGUACCAGUGUCGGCUCACCAGCUUACAUGGAUCAGUCACCCUGGAUUACCUGCUAACAUAUGAAGUGCUCAGUGAGAUUGUCAUUCCUCCAUCUCCAAAGAUCACCUCAUCUGCUCCUGUAGAGGUGGGAAAUGAAGAAGAGAAUGUCAACUGUUCCAGGUUGAUGUUCAAAGAGAACUUCCUAUCUGACCAAUACUUUGGAGACAACCAUCCUGUCAGCAUCAUCACUGAUAAGGUUCACUUUGGGGAGGGGAUGCACCGGCGGGCUUUCCGGACCAAGCUGCAAACGGGUCAGAUGCCUCUUUUACUGCCAGGACACUCCUGUGUGCUCAAAGUUCACAACGCUAUCAGCUACGGGACCAAGAACAACGAGGAGCUCGUUCAGAAGAACUUUACCUUGGCUGUGGAGGAGUGUCAGGUCCAGAAUACAGCAAGAGAGUACAUCAAGGCGUACACUGCUGCAGCUCAGUCUGUCGAAGCCUUCGGAGACGUCCCAGAGAUCAUUCCCAUCUACUUGGUUCACCGUCCGUCCAAUGACAUCCCCUACGCUACACUGGAGGAGGAGCUGAUCGGUGACUUUGUCAAGUAUUCAGUCAAGGACGGGAAAGAGAUCAACCUGCUGAGACGCGACUCGGAGGCGGGACAGAAAUGUUGUGCUUUCCAGCACUGGGUCUACCAUAACACUGAGGGCAACCUGCUGGUGACAGACAUGCAAGGAGUGGGGAUGAGGCUGACCGACGUGGGAAUAGCCACCUGUAAGAAAGGAUAUAAGGGCUUCAAAGGAAACUGUGCCACCUCCUUCAUCGACCAGUUCAAAGCCCUGCACCAGUGCAACAUGUUCUGUGAGAUCCUGGGCCUCAAAUCCCUGCAGCCUAAGCCCAAAAAGUCUACAUCUGCUCCCAAACCCAAACCCCAACCUUCUGCUGCACCCAAGAAGAAAACUUUUGGGCCAACGCUGAAGAGCAAGUCAUAACAAAAGGGGAAAUUCAUGGACUAAAGGUGUGAUUAUUAAUUGAAAUUGUGAGUUUAAGCUGGUUUGAGUUGCUUCUCUGACCUGGGCUUCGUCAUGCAGAGUCUGACCCAACCACAAGACGUUGGGCUGCUGCAGGCCAGAGGUUGGAGACAGAUGUAUCUGACUCUGAAGGGAGCGAUUGUUACACAACCAGUAGCUGUUGUUCCAUAAGAGAGCUCGCUUCAUCUCAUGUUGAACAUUUGAGAGAUAUAUUUUUAUUUUAAUUAAGAUUUCACCCAAGAUUUAUGAGAGUUUGUGCACUGUAUUUAUGAUCUAGGGGAAGAAACCUCACAAGUUUUUGGAAAACUGUGACAAAAGUAAGACUUGAACACUUGGAAAAGAUAAAUAGUGUAGUUUAUCUACAGUGAUGAACUGUGAUGUCUUAGAUUGCUUUAUUGAUUACGUGUGAUUUUUCUUUACAGAUCAAUGCUGAGUUUUUUUUCCUUGUUUUUCUACUUCAGUGAUGUUUUCAAACUAUUAGUUCAUUAAAUUAAUGAACUUGUUUAUUUCUCAGAGGAAAUGUCUUUGAAGUAGGUUGUACGAUAAAAUACACACAAUAAAGGAGAGUUGUUAUAUGGAUGCUGGGUUACACAGUAUGAGUGGGUAUAUUUUGUGUGUUUGGUUUGCAAGGUAUUUGAUAAAGGUUUAUUUAGUGAAAUUCAUUAUUAUAAUAUUUGCUCAUUUAUUAUUGCUACUGUCAUUAUUAGCUCAUGUUUAUAUUCUGGAAACAACAAAAAGGCAUUUUUUACACAAAAAGCUCUUGUAAAGUAUAACUGUGAAUGUAUUCACUGAAACUGAUUUAUCAAUUUGUCACUUUAUUAUCUGAGACAAUUCUGUUUGUAAGAUUGAAUUGAAACUUCUGGCAUCAUUUCGAGGAUCUGUGCUGCACUGGUCUGGGUCAAACUACGUGAAAGACAUGUAAAGCUAAAACCAAUAAUCACACCACAAUAACCUAACAACACACUGCCAAAUCUACUUUCAUACACAGCUCAUAUGAUCUCAGUAGCAUGCCAGCUAUUCAAUUGAAGUCCCCGACUGUCUUUAUAUAAUAAGCCUCUGUGUCCUACUCUCACUGUUGCCUUUUUAAUCCCUGACCCAAAUUGCUGACAUGGCUCUCAGGUUGGGGCUUUGACCAGUGUGCAAACAAACUUUGUUAUUAAAGAGAUG